AUGACUAUCAACAACAACGCAUUCGAAGGCCACGGAGUGCCCGUGGCUUCGACAAAUGGGUUCACCAACGGGCAUUCCAACGACGAUGUCGCCGAUGUGCCCGUUGAUCGUGUGUCUACAAACGGAGUAUCUGCCAACGUCAACGGUACAAAUGGUGUUUCGGGCACUGAAACACAUACUAAUGGCCAAAUCCCUAUCGCCAUCUGCGGUAUGGCCUGUCGUCUCCCAGGAGGCUUGACUACACCCGAGGAACUCUGGGAUUUCCUCCUUACAAAGAAAGACGGUCGAUGCCGUGUCCCUGAAUCACGGUACAACAUCGACUCAUAUUACUCGGACACAAAGAAGCCUGGAACUGUAUCGACGGAGUAUGGAUACUUCCUCGAUGAGGACGUCGACCUUGGCGCCUUGGACAUGUCCUUCUUCACGAUGACACGAUCAGAGGUAGAGCGAGCUGACCCUCAGCAGCGGCUCAUGCUGGAAGUCGCACGUGAGGCAUUUGAAGACGCCGGUGUGACGAACUGGAGAGGCAAGACUAUCGGUACUUAUAUCGGUAACUUUGGAGAAGACUGGCUGGAGAUGCUUGGAAAGGAGAGUCAGCCAUGGGGUAUCCAUCGUAUUUCCGGUGCUGGCGAUUUCGUUGUCGCCAACCGGCUUUCCUAUGAAUUUGAUUUACAAGGGCCAAGUAUGACGAUCCGCACAGCUUGCUCUUCUGCCCUGGUUGCUUUAAAUGAGGCAUGUGCUGCUAUCAGCCGAGGUGACUGUGGGUCAGCCUUGGUCGGUGGUGUGAACCUGAUUCUUGCACCAGGAAUGUCCAUGGCCAUGCAAGAACAAGGCGUUUUGUCGAGUGAUGGCUCUUGCAAGACAUUCUCUGCCGACGCCAAUGGGUACGCCCGCGGAGAGGCGGCUACCGCAGUCUACGUCAAGCCGCUCGCAGAUGCCAUUAGGGAUGGCAACCCCGUUCGAGCUGUCGUGAGAUCCACAUCCCAUAACGUGGAUGGAAAAACCCCAACGCUAUCACAGCCCAGCACACAAGCGCAAGAAGCUUUGAUGCGGAGAGCGUACGAACUGGGUGGCAUCACUGAUUUUGGCGAGACCGCCAUGGUUGAAUGUCACGGAACCGGAACCCCGACUGGAGACCCAAUUGAGACACAGGCUGUGGCCCGCGUCUUCGGAGAGAAGGGCGUUUACAUCGGAUCAGUCAAACCUAAUCUCGGCCACACAGAGGCAGCUUCCGGUCUUGUGUCCCUUUUGAAGAUGGUCAAAGCACUCGAACAUCGCACCAUUCCACCGAACAUCAAAUUCACCACUCCAAACCCUAGCAUUCCAUUCGAAGAGGCUAAGCUCACGGUUCCAACUGAGCCCAUCUCUUGGCCUAAAAGCAAGCUGGAACGUGUUAGCGUCAACUCCUUUGGCAUUGGUGGUGCUAAUGCCCACGUUGUUCUCGAGUCUGCGGCUACGUACAAUGUUCCGGAUGCGAUUUACGAAACGCCAGAGGAACCCCAGCUCCUGCUCUUCACAGCCAAUUCGGCCAAGUCCAUCACGAGACUAGUUGACAAUUAUAAGGAGUGGAUUGAGAAGAAUCCCGACAAGGUCGGCGAUUUGGCCUACACUCUGGCAAGGAGACGGGAGCAUUUGCCGCACCGAGCCUAUGCCAUUGUCACCAACGGGGUGAUCGAGACCGUGUCUCAGCCCGUAAACUCCAAGUCUACCAAAUCACCCAACGUUACUUUCAAAGCAAGCAUCCGAGCCCUCGAUGCACACCUGCAGACCAUUGCCGGUGAGAAACCUCAAUACACGAUUGAAGCGGAACUCAAGAAGCCAGCUAAGAAGAGCCGUAUCACCAUGGCCGAAUUCUCUCAGCCAUUGUGCACUGCUAUCCAGAUUGCUUUAGUCGAUACCCUCGCAGCCACUGGAGUUAUCCCCACCGCCGUCGUGGGUCAUUCCAGUGGCGAAAUUGCUGCAGCAUAUGCUUCCGGCGCUCUCACUGCGAAGGAGGCCAUCACUGCUGCUCACCACCGUGGAGCCGUCACUACCAAGCAGGAAAAGCCAGGAGCAAUGGCUGCAAUCGGAAUGGGUUGGAGUGGGACUGAGCAGUAUCUUGUCCCAAAUGUCUCCAUUGCUUGCGAUAACUCCCCCAAGAGCGUUACUAUCUCGGGUGAUGUUGAUGCUGUAAAAUCUGUCAUCGCUAGUAUCAAGGAGAAGCAGCCUCAAAUUCUCGCCAGGCAGCUCCAGGUUGACAAAGCUUACCACUCAUACCACAUGAAGGAGAUUGGAAGUGACUACCAAGCCUUGAUUGGCGAGGAAGUUGUUGGAAGAGCACCAUCAAAGCUCUUCUUUUCCAGUGUGACUGGAAAUAUCUUGGGUGCCGAGGACAAUAUCGGAUCCAAGUACUGGCAGGACAAUUUGGAAUCACCUGUUCGAUUUCGCGAGGCUGUCACUGCCAUUCUGGAGCAUGAGGUUGGAGAAAACGCUAUCUUCCUUGAGGUUGGACCCCACGGAGCUCUCGCGGGACCAUUGAGACAAAUCUUUUCUCAAGCUGGCUUUCCUGCUCCCUAUGUCUCCACCAUGGUGCGUAAUCAGGACUGCACCGCCUCUUUCCUGUCUGGUAUCGGAGGACUUCACUCACUCAACGUCGACAUUGAUCUUGAGGCCCUCUUCCCAACCGGUGCCUGUUUGCCGGACCUCCCCCGCUACCCUUGGAAUCAUGAAGGCAGCUAUUGGUAUGAAUCUCGCCUCAGCAAAGAAUGGCGCAACCGCAAAGCUCCUCACCAUGACCUUCUCGGUGCGAGGGUGGCUGAGAGCAGUGACACUGAGCCUGCCUGGCGGAACCUUCUCCACAUUACAAACGCGCCGUGGCUUCGUGAUCACAAGGUGGGAGAAAACAUCGUCUUCCCAUUCUGUGGUUAUAUUGCUCUUGCAGGCGAGGCCAUCAGACAGUUGACCAAUGUGGAUGAGGGGUUCAAUAUCCGCAACAUCAUCGUCAGCACAGCUCUAGUGCUCAGCGAAGGGAAUCCGACGGAGAUUAUGGCUAACUUCCGACCGCAUCGUCUGACGAACUCCUUAAACAGCCCAUGGUGGGAGUUCUCCAUCUCAGCCUACAACGGGCGGAACUGGACCAAGCACUGCUCCGGAGAGGUGUCUGCCCUGUCAUCCACUCCUGAGGAUGCUCCAGAGCCCGAGUCCUUGCCUCGAAAGCUUAAUGUCAGAAAGUGGUAUGAGAAGAUGAUUAAGGGUGGAUUGAACCUUGGGCAGUCUUUCCAGACCUUGGAGACUAUUGCCACUUCAACUUCUGAACAGCAGGCUUUUGGAAACAUCGCCAACGGAAAACAAGGCGACGAGGCCAACUAUUUUAUUCACCCCACCGCGCUUGACGGCAUACUUCAGAUUCUGGGCGCGGCCGCCGUCAACGGCUACGCUCGCAAGACCAAGACCUGGCUCCCGACUAGCAUCGACAAAGUGACCAUUCAUCGAUUCUCCUCGGACAUGGUAAUCAGCUCAUCCGCUAAGCUCUCAAGCAACUUCUCCGUGGUUGGGGAUAGCCGCUGCAUAGCCGAGGGCAAGAUUGUUGUCGAAGCCACCGGAAUCCGCAUGUCUCUUGCUGAUGGCGCCGGCUCAGCCAAUUCGAAUGACGACCAUGCUGCCUCACGAUGCGAAUGGAGGCCUGACAUCGACUUCUUGGAUGUGAAUGAUCUUUUUCAUAUCCAAUCAGGGCAUACAGAGCACCUUCGCCUCCUUGAAGAGCUCGGAGAAAUCUGCUUAUUGCUGUCCCAGCGUCAUUUCACUGAAAGCGCGAGUGAUUCGAUUUUGCCCCAUCUGCAAAAGUACAUUGCUUGGAUUAAAGCUCAAUCAACAUCGACAGUGACCAAACUGCCAUCAACCUGGACAGGUCCUGACACUCAGGCUAUUUCAGCCCGGAUUGAAGGUAUCAAGGCCCAGCUUGCUGAUACUUCUGCCGCCCCAGUCGCCAAUGCCAUCCACCAGAUAUUCAAUAAAAUUGAUGAUCUCCUCGCUGGUGAAACUUUGGAGAGUGUUCUGCAAGAAGGUGAAGUCGCCCAAGUCUAUGGGUUCUUGGGACAGCUCGACCGGCGUGAGUUCAUCCGGGCGUUGGGCCACUCCAAGCCCAACCUCCGUAUUCUGGAAGUUGGAACCGGAAAGGGCAUUUCCUCUCAUCGCGAUAUCAUCGCUGAGUUGACCCACGCAAAUGGAGAAGUCCUCUGCUCCAACUACACGUUGACCACCCCUGGAUACGUCGUCUCUGAAACCCAAGAGAAGCUAUUCCCCAACAUGAAGUUUGCCAGUUUGGACAUCAGCCGUGAUCCUUUUGACCAAGGAUUCGAGGAAGUCGGCUUCGAUCUCAUCAUCGCUUCCAAUGUUCUUUACGAAACGAAGAAUGUCCAGGAAAGCUUGGCCAAUAUGAAAAAGCUCUUGAGUCCUGAAGGUCGCCUCCUUCUGCAAGAGCUGUGCCCGUCAUCCAAGUGGGUGAACUAUGUGCUCGGUCUGCUUCCCGCGACUUGGGGUGCUACGGAUGAGCGCACCGACAUCCCUUACCUGACCGAGAGUGAGUGGAAAACAAAAAUUAUUGCCGCUGGAUUCGGCAACGUGGAGGCUCUCACCGUCGGUGCAGAAGAGCCUCACCAAUUUACCACAACCAUAAUCGCGAGACAGAUUAUUGAGAAGCCCCUCAACAAGAUCACUGUUCUUGUCGAACAGGAAGGCCCUGCUGUCAUCAAGAUUCUGAGCCUGCUCGAGAAGCAAGGCUAUGAAGUGAGCAAGUGCAAGUUGGGUGAUGACGCGCCCGUUGGGCAGGACGUGAUUUCACUCUUGGACAUCGAGAACCCAUUCUUCCACGAUAUGGAUGAGGACCAAUUCCUGUCAUUUAAGACUUUCCUUCUUAGUCUCCAGGAGCGCGAUGCCGGAAUGCUCUGGGUCACCCAUCUUAUUGACAUCGGCUGCCGUGAUCCUCGCUAUGCUCAGGUUCUUGGCUUCGCCAGAACAGUUCGCACAGAGCAGCUGGCCGACUUGGCCACCUGCCAGGUUGACUGUUUGGACAACCUUAGGUCUGUUGAGCAUCUCAUUAAAGUGCUUGGAAAGUUUCAGACACGACAGGGCGAUGAGGAACUCAACCCCGACUAUGAAUGGGCUAUCUUCAACGAGCGCAUUCAGGUUUCUCGAUUCCAUCCUUUCGUUUUGACAGAUAAUCUAUUGGUCUCAGAGGAGUCAAACGAGAUGGCUACUCUGAAUGUCCGCACUCCUGGCCGUGUUAACAGUCUGCACUACCAGCGUCAUGCACGAGAGGAUCUUGACAAGCACGAAGUCGAAGUCGAAGUAUACACUGCCGGUCUGAACUUCCGCGAUAUUCUGGUCGCUCUCGGGAUUGUUGAGCUUCCUGUCCGUCUGUUCGGUAUCGAGGCCGCUGGCGUUGUUACGCGCGUGGGAGCAGACGUCAGCCCUGACAAUCUCCAAGUUGGUGAUCGAGUCGUUUGCUUCUGCAGAAAGGAUGCUUUCUCGACAUACACCACUACCCUGGCUGAUGUCUGUGUUCGCAUUCCCGACAGCCUCACCUUCAACCAGGCAGGAACGAUGCUUAUCCCUUAUUUCACCGCAAUUCACUCGAUGAUCAACGUUGGACGCGUUACCAAGGGCCAAUCUGUCAUGAUCCACAGUGCCUGCGGUGGUGUCGGCCUGGCAGCUAUCCAGGUGGCCCAGAUGCUGGAGGCAGAGCUGUAUGUAACCGUUGGUAAUGAGGAGAAGGUGAAAUAUCUGAUGGACAACUAUAACAUCCCGAGAAACCGCAUCUUCAACUCCCGCGACAAGUCCUUCGUUGAUGGUGUGAUGCGGGAAACCGGAGGCCGUGGCAUGGACUUCAUCCUGAACUCACUUUCCGGUGAGCUUCUGCACGCUUCCUGGAACUGCGUUGCCGAGUUUGGAACACUGCUUGAGAUUGGAAAGCGAGAUCUGAUCGGUUCCAGUAAGCUCGACAUGAAGCCUUUCUUGGCUAACCGCAACUACUGCUGUGUGGACAUCGACGGUUUGUGGAAGAGAAUCCACAUCGCCAGGGCCCUCAUCUUCACCAUUUUAGACUUCUAUAACAAGGGACACAUCUCUCCACUGCCAACGAAAAUCUUCACUGCAGCCCAGACCCAGGACGCGUUCCGCUUCAUGGAGAAGGGCCUUCACAUUGGCCGCGUCGGUGUGGCGAUCAAGGAGGCCGCAGAAGAGGCCGACAGUGCUUUCCAAACUACGAAGAGGGCUCUGGCGGUAUCAUUCCCUGGAUCCGCCUCGUACCUCAUGGUCGGUGGUCUUGGAGGUAUUGGUCGGGCUGUCUCCACGUGGAUGGUUGACCACGGCGCCUGCGAAAUCAUCUACAUGUCCCGCAGUGCUGGCCUUACCAACAAGGAUGAUGCCUUCGUUCACGAACUCCAGAGCAUGGGCUGCUCUGUGAAACUUGUUAGUGGAGACGCCACAAAGUUCGAGGACGUCAACAAAGCCAUUGCCAGCGCUACAUACCCCCUCAAGGGUAUUGUGCAGAUGUCCAUGGUCGUCUCCAACGAAAACUACACCAAGAUGAGUUUCUCCGAGUGGACCGCAUCGGUGGCACCAAAGGUCCAGGGGACUUGGAAUCUGCACAAUGCAUCUGUGGCCGCAGGAUUGGACCUCGACUUUUUCUUGAUGUUCAGUUCUGUCUCCGGAAUCGUCGGACAGGCAGGUCAAGCAAAUUAUGCCAGUGGAAACAGUUUCCUUGAUUCUUUCGCCCAAUAUCGCAAUGACCUCGGCCUAGCAGCUUCGGUGGUUGACAUGGGUGCUGUUGAGGACGUUGGCUGGAUUUCAGAGCACCAGGGUAUGAUGGGCAAAAUGUCCCGCAGCGGUUUCAAGCCCGUGUUGGAGCAGGAGGUCAUUGAUGCCAUGGCAAUCUCUAUGUUGGUUCACAACAAGCCCAGUCAAGCUGCCGAGAAAGCACUUGCUACCGCUUCCAAGAACAACUCCUAUUUCAUCCAUAAAAAUACCUUCCUCGUUGGACUGGCUCUGCUUAUUCCCCUGCACGACCCUAGCAACUACGUGAUCUGGAAGAAAGACCGUCGCAUGGCCUCUUACCACAACAACUCCGUGGUUGGCGCAACUGCCGGUUCUACCGAUAUUCUCAAGUCUUACUUGACCAAAACCCAGGCUGACCCGUCGAUUUUGAAGUCCACUGAGGCAUCGAAGCUCUUUGCUGUUGAGAUCGGCAAGAAGCUUUUGGAUCUGCUGCUCAAGCCUCAGGAUGAUCUCAACACUAGCUUGCCGCUGCUCGACCUUGGACUUGACUCUUUGGUUGCUCUUGAGCUACGUGCUUGGAUUAAGCAGGUAUUUUCAUUUGAUCUUCCUAUGUUGGAGAUGAUGAGUAUUGGAUCUCUUGAUAUCCUCGGUCAACAUGUGGCCAAUGAGGUCUUCAGGAUUGCGACAGAGAACAACUAG